CGGCUGGCCCUGAAAUUAGGUGGGCCUUUCCUCCCUCUCGCUGCCUUUCUCCAGAGCACGUUCACAAACGGAGCUGGCGAACGGACUCCUGCGGAAGAUGCCACGGGGACCGGGCAGAGAGGCCUGUGGCGCUGAGGACGGUUCCUCCCACAUCAUCCUCGUGGUGUUCCUCUCGCUCCUGAUCGACCUCCUGGGCUUCACCCUGAUCCUGCCCCUCCUGCCUUCGAUCCUGGAUCAUUACAGCAAGAGCGACGAUGGGCUAUACAGCACAGUGCAAGCUGGCGUGGACUGGUUCAGCAGAAGCCUUGGCAUCCCGCCCGAAAGGAAGUACAACAGCGUUUUAUUUGGAGGUCUCAUCAGCUCCCUGUUCUCUCUGCUUCAGUUUCUGGCCUCGCCACUCACCGGGGCUGCCUCGGACUCCUUCGGGAGAAGACCGGCCCUGCUGGCCACCGUGCUUGGCCUGAUAGCAUCCUAUUCUCUGUGGGCCAUUUCCAGGAGCUUUGAACUCUUUCUUUGCUCCAGAAUCAUUGGUGGAAUAAGCAGAGGGAAUGUCAGCCUUUCCACUGCCGUCAUUGCUGAUUUGCAGUGUCCGAAAGCUCGAAGUAAAGGCAUGGCCAUGAUCGGCCUGGCUUUCUCCCUGGGUUUCACCCUUGGGCCGAUGCUCGGGGCGUAUCUUGCCCUGGAGACUGAGAAGGACGAAGUAUUCUACGCGAGGUCUGCCGUCUUUGCUGCCAUCUUCGCUGUUGCUGAUUUUGCAUUCAUCUUCAUCUGGUUACCAGAGACGCUCCCAGAGGAAAAACGGGUGCCCUCCGUGAUAUCUGGCUUUAAGUCCGCAUUCAACCUGAUCAGUCCCUGGGCCUUAUUCCAGUUCUCUGCGAUACGCCAGAAGAUGGGAGGCCCCUCCAGAGACAGUCUCAAGAUCCUGGGCCUGGUGUAUUUCCUAUACCUCUUCCUGUUCUCUGGUCUGGAAUACUCUCUGAGUUUUCUUGUUCAUCAACACUUCCACUUCAGCAGUUUGGACCAAGGGAAGAUGUUUUUCUUCAUUGGAGUCACCAUGGCUGUGAUCCAGGGGGGCUACACUCGCCAGAUUAAGCCAGGAGAAGAACUGAAGGUUGUUAAAAGGGCAAUAAUGCUAUCAGCUCCUGGUUUCCUUUUAACGGGCUGGAGCAAUAAUGUUAUCAUCCUUGGUACAGGGCUGCUGUUCUACUCUUUUGCUGCAGCUGUGGUGGUCCCGUGCUUGUCCACGGCAGUAUCCAGCUACGGACCGGACAGCCAAAAAGGGACUGUGAUGGGCAUCCUAAGGAGCCUGGGGGCCCUUGCCAGGGCUCUUGGGCCGGUGGCAUCCGCAACAGUGUACUGGCUGGCGGGAGCCAAAGUUUGCUUCACUGUUUGUGCCUCGCUGUUCCUGCUCCCCUUCGGCCUGCUUCAGUUGAUGCAAAAGGAAAGCAAAGAGGAGUAAACAGCUUUGGGAACUGAGGAGACAUCAAGCUGAAGUAGCCAGCCGAGAAACCAGGCUGAUACUGGAAAACCUAACUGCGGCAGUGGCACAUUCUUCGUUGCCUCCCUACACAGUCUGUGCAUUUAUCUCUGUGGAAGUACCUUCUGCCUCCUAGUCUGGGUCUUUCUGUGGGAGUAUGGGUGGCGGGUGGGGGCAGGG